CUCUGUGUUGUCUGACAGAAAAUUAAUAUUAUUUGAAGUCCAGCUGAGCAAAGUGUCUUCCUGCUUCAACACCUCAAAGUCAGUAACUUCGGUAAAAACAUGACAAGAAAGAUAUGUGUCUGCAUCUUCCUGCUGCUCAUCUUCCACUACAUCUGUGGUCUAAGAGAAUGGAAAGUUAUAUACCACAAUCAAAAAAAGAGUUGGAGAGAAGCCCAGUCCAGCUGCAGGGAGGAGCACCUUGAUCUGGUCACAAUCAGAAAUGAAGAAGAAAAUCUGGCAUUGGCUGGAUUCAGUGACAGUGCCUGGAUUGGAUUGUACCAAGACAAGGAUGGAAGUCCAUGGAAAUGGUCCUUUGGAGACGAAAGGCCGACUUUUUCAAACUGGUGGUCUAGAGAACACGAUGUAAACCAAUCCUGUGGCUAUAUGAAGUCUUUGACCAAGAAGUGGGAGGAUGACUUCUGUGGGUUUAAACGCGACUACAUAUGUUAUGAAGAGAAACUGGUUCUGGUGAAGGAAAACAAAACAUGGGACGAGGCAUUAGAGCACUGCAGGUCUCUGAGCAGAGCGCUAAGCUACGACCUGGCAACCCUGAUCACCACCGACGACCACGACUUUGCACGAGAGAGAGCCCAAAGCGCUGCCACUGAGGAGGUGUGGACCGGCCUGCGUUACCUUGGUGAUGAGUGGUUCUGGAUGGGUGGAGAACCGGUGCAGUACCAGAACAUACCAAGCUGCCCGGCUGUGAGAUGUGGAGUCCUGGAGAAGAACAGCAACUCAUCCUUUAGUAUCAGAGACUGCAAUGAGAGAAGGAACUUCUUCUGUUACAUAAAACCUUAAUGCAACAAAUAGUUCAUCUUCACCUGACUAACCGUGCUGUUAGCAAAACAUAUGAUCUCUUAGAAACACUAGAAUAUCUGCAGCUGUUUGAAGGUUAUAAUCUAUAUAUUUGUAGGAGCUUCCUGUUACAAAAAUCCUGAAAAUCCCUGAAAGCCUGAUGACAUCAUCUCCUCUUAUUAUUUUUAUGAAAAAUACUCACCUAUUAGGAAUUAAAUUAUGGCCUCUUACAGCCUUUAUUUAAAGAGCACUUUGAGUUGCAAAUUAACAAAAAUUCCAAAUAAAUGAAUGAAAAAAGAUCUGUACUUCUUUUAAAAUUUCCUAUUAUCAAUUCAUUACUUAUGGAGAGUAUCUAUUGUAUGACAUUUUAAGGAUUAUUGCAUAACACCAGUAAUCUGUGGUAUGCUAGUAUACUUUUACUUUUAAAGUUUUUGUCAAUAUGAGGAACUCCUGAGUCAUAAUGAAGGGCCUUCACUCAUUUAUGAAAACAUCUAAUUUAAAGAAAUAUAUUUAAUUGACUUAUGUAUUAUUGGUUUUUGUGUUUGUCUGAUGUAUUCAUAUGCUAAUGCUGUUGUGCACCUUUAAUUGUAGAAUCUGAAAUUGUUUUUAAAUUACAGGAUUAAUGAUUUAGUUUGACUUCAGACAUAAAGCCUGUUUCUCUGAGGUUCCUGUUGAUGCUGUCAGAUGCCUUCUCACCUGCCUUCUGACCUGCCUUCUCUCUGCCCUUCCUGCUUUUGAAAGACAAAUGAUCUCAUUCUCCAUUUUGAAUGUGGUGCUCUAAAACGAGCGAACAUUCAAAUACAUCUACGACUCACUGAUAUCCAAACAACUUAAUUUGAUAAGCAGAUGUGUUGUCAAUCCUUGUGAUGUUUGUGUCUCUGCUUUUUGAGAGAAAAAGCGAAACACAGGAAAUGCUGACGUAAAAGAUGCACUGAGGGAACAAAAAAAACUCUACAGAGACAUUAAUAUUAACUUAAAAAUAUACA